UUUUAGAGUUGUUUCUAAGAUGGCGACGAAAAAAACGCGUCUUAUGUGAAUGCAAAUGCUGCAAUCAUAACAACUUUAAUUUUAUGCCAAUAAAUGUGCGCUAAUUUGACACAAAACUAUUGAAAAACAGUGCUGAACAAGUGCAGAUUAUUUUACAUGUGAAAUUUGGUGCGAAAGUUUUGUGAAAAUGGCCACAAAUAUGUAUCGAGUCGGAGACUACGUGUACGUGGAGACAGCGCCGAAUAGUCCCUUCCUGAUACGUCGCAUCGAGGAGUUGAAUAAAAACCAAACAGGCAAUGUGGAAGCAAAGGUCAUGUGUUUCUACCGGCGUCGUGAUCUGCCCAACCCGCUCGUACAGCUGGCGGAUAAGCACCAACUGGCAACCGCUGAGGAUUCACCGCUGGCAACUAAACUGAAGAAAACCUGGCUUCGAACACCCGUGGGAGAGGAGCAGGCGGCGCAAGCUGUGCUCGAUCCUUCAAUAGCUGCACUCGAAGAGGAACGCACCAGCCCAACGCAAGCAUCAGCCGGCGCCACUACAGGCAAUUCCAGCACCAAUAACACUAACAAUAAUAGCGUAGCAAGCGGCGGUGCUGCUGGUGGCGAUGGGGAAAAGAGCGAAGCGCUAACCAGCAAACAGCGAUACCAGAUCAAGCAUCGAGAAUUAUUUUUAUCGCGACAAGUUGAGACGAUACCCGCCACACAGAUCCGAGGGAAGUGCUCCGUCACGCUACUCAACGAGACGGAGUCAUUACAAAGUUAUCUCAAUAAAGACGAUACAUUCUUUUAUUGUUUGGUCUUCGAUCCGAAUCAAAAAACAUUGCUCGCUGACAAGGGUGAGAUACGUGUCGGCAGUCGCUAUCAGUGUGAUAUACCCGCCAAGCUAAAAGACACCGCCACAGAUGAACGCAAGCUUGAGGAGCUCGAAUCAUUGGUGUGGACGCCAGAGCACAGUUUGACCGAUCGUAAGAUCGAUCAGUUUCUCGUUGUCUCACGUUCCAUCGGCACCUUUGCCCGCGCCCUUGACUGCAGCAGUUCGGUGAAGCAACCUUCGUUGCACAUGUCUGCAGCAGCCGCCAGUCGAGACAUAACCCUGUUUCACGCUAUGGACAUUCUGCACAAGCACGAAUAUUCUAUUGAGGAGGCCAUGUCUUCACUAGUUCCUUCCACUGGGCCAGUACUCUGUCGCGAUGAAAUCGAAGAUUGGAGCGCAUCAGAAGCAAAUCUCUUUGAGGAAGCGCUCGAUAAAUAUGGCAAGGACUUCAAUGACAUACGACAAGAUUUCCUGCCAUGGAAAACGCUAAAACAGAUCAUUGAAUACUACUAUAUGUGGAAGACCACCGAUCGAUAUGUGCAGCAGAAACGCGUCAAGGCUGUCGAGGCGGAACUCAAGCUCAAACAGGUUUACAUACCCCAAUAUAAUAAUAAUGGUAAAGGCAAUGGUGCCAACGUGAAGGCGGGAAGUGGCGGUGGCCAAGGUGGUAUCUAUAAUGGCACUACCAAUGGUGGCGCAGACUUGUCCAACAAUGGCAAACCGUGUGAAUCAUGCGGGACAACAAAAUCAUCACAGUGGAACUCCUUUAGCAAUGGCCACUUGGCGUGUCGUCUUUGCCAAACAUGUUGGGACUAUUGGCGAAAGUAUGGCAGUAUGAAAUCGGCACACAAAGGCGAUGCCAACGAUGGGGAGGCUAAGAAAAAAACAGCUAUCACUGCAACACCAGCAGCAGCGUUAGCAUCGACAGGCGCCACAACCGUGGUAGAUCUUAACGAUGAUGAAAAAGUCAGUGAUCUAAGUAAUCGUCAAUUGCACAGAUGUUCUAUUGUGAACUGUGGCAAGGAGUUUAAGCUAAAGACGCACCUGGCACGUCAUUAUGCGCAAGCGCACGGCAUUGCCAUUAGCUCCGGCUCGCCACGACCAAUAAUGAAGACGCGCACUGCCUUCUACUUGCACACAAAUCCAAUGACGCGUGUAGCUCGCAUUGUUUGUCGAAGCAUUGUUAAACCGAAGAAGGCGGCGCGACAAAGUGCAUAUGCAAUCAAUGCGCUGUUGGUCAAGCAGGAAUUUACGAAUCGUAUUAGUGGCAAAUCGCAAGCGGAAAUCAAAAAGAUGCUUUUGCUCAAGCCCAAGGAUCGUGGCAGCGUCACAAAAAUUGCAAAUCGUUUGGGUGCACCUGGCAGUGGUCCUCACGAAUGGUUGGUGCUAACACCCAAGGAUAAAAUGCCGCAGCCCGUUGUUGUUUCAUUCCCAAAGCCGCCCAAAGCUCCAGACGGCAGCUUAGUCUACGAACGAGUACCCAACAAAACACCAGAUGUUGUCGCAGUGCCUGUUGCGGCUGACAACAAAGAACUAUCCAUAAUUCCAGCGCAAGCAACGUCUACGAUACGCAAGCGUGCCCACGAGGAACAACAACUUAAUGGUACCGAAGUAACCAUUGUGCCCAGCGGACCACCUGCCAAACGGCCAAACAAGGAUCCAAUGCCCUCGCACUGCCCCAGUCCGGAACAAUUUGCUGCAAUGAUGGCGGCAUCAGGACAGCCACUCUCGAGACAUCACCUUAACGGAAAACAAAAGAUCGCGCAAAUGGCACGCGGUGGCAACGGACGCAAGCAGGUCAUUAGUUGGAUGGAUGCACCGGACGAUGUUUACUUUAGAGCCACAGAUGUACACAAAAAAACACGAAAAAUACUCUCAGCUGUGGACCUGCGUCGUGCAGCGCGCAAACCAUGGCGCUCACUGCCCAUCAAGUCAAUGGCCCCUGAGCCGAGCAGCAAACCUAUUGAAUCACAAAUCGUUAUACUGGACUGACCGUCGACGGCCGAAACAUCAGCGAAAAUAAGCGCAGCAGCAGCGGCAAAGUUGCUGUCAUAUUCAGCCAACAGAUUUGAACAGCAUCAGCAGCAUCCGCCAUUUCCAUAUACAAUGGAUGCAUUGCUAAACUAGUGACUCAGAUUCUGUCUUUUAGUGGCUUGCCAUGUACAUACAAACAUAAAUAAACCCCGCAUACAUACGUACACACAUACAGAUCCACAAAACAUACUUACAUACAUACAUACAUCUAGUGUAGGCAAGAGUUACUGCAUCACUAUAUGACGUUGGUACCCCAUUUUCACUAAAACAGUAAUCCAACCACUGACAACAAGAAAAAACACUUUACUAGCGCUUAAAUAGAUGUCUUAAAAAAAACAAAUAGUAAGAUAAUAAGUGUUAAGAUCUAAAGCAAUAGUAACACACACCGCAAAACAAAUCAAAUAUUUAUUCAUAUUUUACAUAAUUUUACAAUUUUUAAAAUCUCAGUAUACCGUACACAAAAAAAUAACUACACUGCGACAUUGGACAUGUAUGAAACUCAAGGAAUAAAUUCAUUGAUUCUAUAUUAGAUUACGUGUAGGCAUUUUUAAUAAUAUCGUUCCCUGCAUUGUCCAAUUUUUAUUUUUUACGUAUAUAUGUAAAAUAUUUUAACGUCCUUUUUAAAUUUGUAAUUUCUGCAGUUCGCCUUCAGGUACCAAAAAAAAUUUAAUUUUGUUAAUCUAAUGUUUGUUGCAUGCUAGCUAAAACCAGAUACGUAAAUUUGAAAAUCAAAGGCCUCCAUAAUUUUGAAAUAUUUUUCACUCAAAAUUUGAUGAUGCAAAUAACAGAAGAAAGAUAUUUUAAAAUUGAUUUAAUGCUUUAAGUAUCAAAACAAAUGGAAAUCUAACCUUGUUAUUAAAUGUGACGUGCAAGAUUAUUUAAAAAAUUAAUUAUACGCUGUAACUAAAACAACAAAACGGGAAAAACAACCACAAAUUGUACAGUAAAUGGGAUAAAGUUUAUAACUUCGAAUACAAUUUAUUUUCAUAAUUUAUAUACAAAUUUCAAAUUAAUACUUUAAAAGCGAUACACAAUAAACAUAUGACAGACAGAGACACAUACACAAGUAUAGCAUAUUAUUUAAGCCUAUAAAUGCAUUAAUAAGGAAAUAAACCACAUAAUAUACAUUUAUUAAUGUAUUGAGCAUAAUAUAACAUAAUAAUAUAACAUUUACGAUUUGGCAAAUGACAAGUAAAACCCAAGAGUAGAUCAGCAUUGAGAACCCAAAUGAAAACAAAAGUAAAAUACAACAAAAAAUCAGCAACAAAAACAUUUAUAAAUAAUGAUUAUAAAGAAAUUCUAAUUGUAAGCCAAUCUAUGUAUUUUUAACUUUACAAUUUAAGUAAUUUUGUAAAAUAAAAAAUUCUUUAAAUUAAAAAAAUUAAGCGAGAAACACAAAAAAGGGAAAGAAACCAGCAAAUGAUGUCAGAAAAACGACCACAACAUACAAUAUGUUUGUUUAGAAAUACAAAAUCAAGAGUGUAUGCAUGCUGCAUAUAGUAAGAAGUAAACCGAAAGUCAAGCAACAGAAGCAAAUCAAACAGAGCUAUAUACAUUAU